AUGUCGUUCAAAGCUGCGUUGAAGGCUGUGCGAACAGCUUUGGAAGCAAAGGACUUCCAAGAUGCUGCAGACAAGGCCAACGAUAUCAUCAAGAAAGAUCCAAAAAAUUAUCAUGCGUAUGAUCCACCAGAUCUUGUAUCGAACUCGACUGACUGUGUUUUCCUCUCCAGAUUCAUCUUCCUCGGACUCGCAAAUGACAAAUUGAAUAAAAUUGAGGAGUCCGAGGGUGCAUAUUAUGCUGCAGCUCGCAUCAAAAGUGACGACCGACCCGCGUGGCAGGGAUUGGUCUCUCUGUACGGCAGACUGGGCGCCAGCCAGCUUGAUUCAUUCCGCGAUGUUGUCAUUCGACUGGGAAAGAUAUACGCAGACAAGUAUGCUUGUGGUACCAUAAGUCAAUGUGUCCAGAAAGACAUGUCGCUAAUUAUUUCUAGUGACGAGAAGGAGCGUUGCCAAGACCUCGUCAACAAAUACCUAAGAGUGGCCCAGAACCAAGGCUCGAAAUCUCAAAUCAGAGAUGCGUUGGAGCUGCAAUUACCAACCUCACCCCUGUAUGACUUCCUCGAAGGCCGAUUGCCGCACCCGUCACAUACCUAUAAGCGCUUAAUCGAAGUGACUGAGAGCGAAGAAAAGGAAUUCAUCAAUCGUGAGAUUGGAGAACGGAGAACGCGUCUCGGAGCUCGGGUUGAAGAAGUGACCCAAGAAGUGAAACGAGAAGCAUACAAAAGGAGCGGGCUUGAACAACUUUACCAGGGCUUGAUUGACUGGACCAAUGAUGAUGCCGUCCGACGUGAGUAUGAGGAGAAGCUCUUUAUGCGUGCGUGUCAUGAACUUGAUUUCCUUCCGGUGAAGGCGAAAGACGCAAAAAGAAAGGCAGUCUUCAAGGCGGCACAUGACAUGGUGAUAAUCAAACAUCCAUUUGAACCCGCAUGGAACGUUUUUCUGGAGUGGCAGGACAUUGAGUUCUCGAAGUACGAUGUCGGGCACUUGCGUGAAUUCAUAGAGUUCUUUCCCGAAUCUGGACUUUCCAAGGUUUUGAAAGGGUUCUUGUCGAGUGGACUUUCUCCCUUCCCCAAAGACCCCAAGGAGGAUGCUGAGACCGAAGAAGAAAAGGCCUCCUCGCUGGAUGAAGAAAAUGAUGAAGCUCUGUCCAGUGAAACAGAUCCUCUCAUUCUUAUGGCAACUGGUUUGGAAUCUGCUCGAUCCUCGAUCCUUGCUCAUCGUAUCCUGGCCAAUUUGUAUCUCACCCUAGAGGAAUAUGCAAGUGUCGUUGAUGUUGCUCGUAAGGGUUUGUUAAACGUCAAGGACCUGAUCAAAUACAGUGGCAUCAAAAUCCCCAACAUCACGGAUUUCCUGAACAUUGCACUUGCCAAUUCUUUGAUCCACUAUCAAUCACCUCGACAUCACCCUGAAGCGAAAGCAAUUUUCGAGGGAAUAUUGCAAAGAAAACCAACCUCUUCCGUCUGCCUACUCGGUAUCGGUCUUAUUCUUAAAGAAGACCAGGACUAUGGAACGGCCGUCGACUUCUUAGGGCGUGCGCUUGCACGCGACAGCUCCAACAUCAAGAUCCGGGGAGAGCUUGCAUGGUGUGUCGCUCUGAAUGGCGACCUUCAAUCUGGACUCGAGAGUCUGUCUAAGACUCUUGAAGAUUUGAAGGAAACUCAGCCUGAAAACAGAGAGUUUGCAUCUGAUCUACUAUACCGAAUUGGAUAUUGUCAGUGGGAACUUGACCCUUCUCCAGCUGCACGGAAGGAUCGCACAGGCGCUUAUGCCAGCCUUUUCGCCUCUAUCCAAGCCAACAUGAACUUCGCACCUGCCUACACCCUGCUUGGCUUCUACUAUGCCGAUUACAAAAAGGACAAGAACCGAGCACGUCGGUGCUUCCAUAAGGCAUUUGAAUUGUCCACAUCUGAGAUCGAAGCCGCCGAGCGACUUGCCAAGGGUUUUGCUGACUCGAAAGAAUGGGAUCUUGUCGAAGUUGUUGCACAGCGCGUGGAUGACUCUGGCAAGGCCAAGCCUGCCCCUGGGUCCAAGCGCCGGGGAUACAGCUGGCCAUACGCUGCUCUGGGAUCGGUGCAGAUCAACAAGCAGCAGUAUUCCAAAAGCAUUCCUUCAUUCCAAGCCGCGCUUCGACUCUCACCAAAUGACUACCACUGUUGGGUUGGACUCGCAGAGAGCUACCACCACUCCGGUCGUUAUGUUGCGGCAACCAAAGCAUUUGAGCACGCCAAGACAUUGGAGGCAGAUCUCCCAGAAAAGGAUCAGGAACACAUCUGGUUUGCGCGAUACAUGCUCGCAAACGUUAAGCGGGAGCUUGGCCUGUUCGAUGAUGCAAUUUCUAGCUACGAAGAAGUCCUCACCUCCAGGGCUGGUGACGUCGGUGUAACCAUCGCCUUGCUUCAGACUCUUACCGAAAGUUCACUGCGAAGCCUGAGUUUGGGUCUGUUCAAUGAUGCCGCCGAGCUUUCAUUCAAAGCCAUUCAAGUGGCUAGCUCACUUGCACCGAUUCAAAGUGACAUCUUCAAUCUGUGGAAAGCUGUUGGUGAUGCAUGCUCCAACUUCUCCUACAUGAAGUCAAAGCUCAAUAAAUUGUCGCCUUCUGAAUGUAGGGCUUUACUUGAAGUGGAUCUCGACGCCAUGGCCCUUGACUAUAUGACCGACAUAGAUGGCAUUGGUAAGGAUUGGCUUGAGUCCAGUGGAAAUGAAGACUCAAUCACAUUUGAUUUCUACGUCAAGAUGUCUAUCCUUGCGUACAAGCGUGCGCUUCACGUUUCCGUCAGUGAUUUGCAUGCCCAGGCCGUCGGGUGGUACAACCUUGGCUGGGCCGAAUAUCUUGCGUACCGCACCGCGCAGUCAGAUUCAAGCAAGAAUGGCAAGAAGCCGCGCAAAUUCCUCAAAGCUUCCAUGCGCUGCUUCAAGAGAGCAAUUGAAUUGGAGGCCGGCAACGCUGAGUUCUGGAAUGCCCUGGGUGUGGUCACUACAAACAUGAGCCCGAAAGUGGCGCAACAUGCGUUUGUUAGAAGUUUGCAUUUGAACGACCGCAACGCGCAAGUCUGGACCAACUUAGGAGCGCUCUAUCUCCUACAAAAUGAUGUCCAACUUGCCAAUGAAGUCUUUACACGAGCACAGUCUACUGACCCAGACUUCGCACAGGCUUGGGUUGGCCAAGGUUUGCUUGCCAUGCUCGUUGGUGAAGUCAAGGAGGCCAGGGGUCUUUUCGAGCAUGCCUUUGAUAUUUCAAACUCAUCAAAUACCAUUCCCAAGCGCCAAUACACCCUGAAUCUUUUCGAUCAUCUUCUUCUUGACCCCUCCGCAUCCAACGAGGUGUCUCAGCUUAUUCAGCCAUUCUUUGCUCUACACCAGCUCUGUAUCCAGAACCCCACUGACCUGCCAUUUGUCCAUCUAUCUGCUUUAAUUGCGGAGAGAAUGGGCGAAGUCACAGAUGCCGAGAUCAGUUUGCAAACUGUUUGUUCAGGCAUGGAGACUGAGUUUGAAGAGACCGAGUCUCCAGCCUCUCUUUCAAAGUUCGCCCAGGCAAAUGCAGACCUGGCACGUGUUUUACUCGCAAGUCACUCAUAUGAAGAAGCUGCCGAAAAGGCCGAGCUUGCUAUCACUUUAUCGGGCGAGGAAGAUGCAGAAAAGUUUGACCCCGAAGCCUGCAAGAAGCUCCGACUAUCGGCUCAUUUGACCGCUGGCCUGGCGUUCUACUACACAAACUCCAUGGACCGUGCUAUUGAUAUGUUCCGUGACGCCCUCGAGGAAGCAGACAAUGCCCCGGAUGUGAUCUGCCUUCUUGCUCAGGUUUUGUGGGCCAAAGGCGGAGAAGAAGACCGAGCUGUUGCCCGUGAGCAACUAUUUGAUUGUGUUGAAAAGCAUCCCGAUCAUAUCGGAGCAGUCAGCCUCCUUGGCGCAAUUGCUCUUCUAGAUGCAGACCGGGACGCAAUCGAGGCCGUGGAGUCUGACCUUCAAAGCAUGAUCACACGUGACGGCGUCGAUAUUCACGACCGAGCCAAAUUGAUCAAGCUUCUCGCCGCAAUCUCUGCCAUGGGAUUCACUGACAAGGCUGCACUUCCGGAAGAUACGAGACGUGUUGGAGAGGCUACUGCUGCAGUUAUGCUGUCCCCAAGCCAGCCCGCAGGAUGGAUGGAGCUGUCCUUGGCAUCGCAAUCUGCCUACCCAGCAGACAUGGCUCUCGACCGUGCCCUGAAGAAUGUACCACCUUACAGCAACCUCGAAGCUGCUGAUCUCAGUGAUGCUUUCGCACAGACCGGCAAGACCGGUGACGCCCUCCGUGCUAUCAUGAUUGCGCCCUGGAAGUCCAAUGGAUGGGAAGAGUUGAACCACAGUGUAUCUACCUUGGCCGCCUAG